GGAGGAAACUGAAGGCUAAGUGCUGGAUGCUGAUUGGGCCCAGCAGCCAGCCAAUGGGAGAGCGGCAGAAGUUGAAUAUUCUACAUCAUAAGGGAACAAACUGUCAAAAACUGUCAGAAGGAAGAUCCAGCUGAAGACACAAAGAGUUAAGUCCAGCGCAGCUCCAAGUCACAGUGCAAUCCUGGUAGUAGACUAAGAGUCCAGAGUUUGGCUGUGCACAUUGCGUUGAGAUGUUAUAUUCACUGAUCAGGUAAAAUGGCUCCCAAACCACCAGCAGCAAAAGCUCCAGCGAAAGGCCCAGCGGGUAAGUCUGCAUCCGAAAAUCCAUCCAGUCCAGAGAAACCUCCACGCACCCCUUCCAAAUUAGAAUUAUGUCUUGCAAGCUACAAUUGUGCAACGCUCGGUAUCCUCAUGCUCUUCUCUCUGUCUUUGUACACCCUUUGGUAUAUCAGUUUAUGUGCUGUUGAAAAGGCAAAACGGGAACCACUUCGGAAUGCAGUUGCACAAAUCAGGAAAUUUAUGAUUUCACGGAAUGCUGAGUAUGACGUCCUUAAUGAUACCGACCUGAUUGUGGAAGCUGAGAAGGUGGCAAGACAGUUGAUUCCAUGGUCUCAAAAAAUCCAAGAAAUUCGAAUAGAGAUUGCCGACCUUCAUCACAAACUGAAUCACAACUGGCAGGCCCACAACGGCCACCUGUAUUUAUUUAGUUACGAGAAACUGAAUUUUCAGGACACAAUAAAACUAUGCAAUAAAUCGCAAGCUUCAAUAGCCGAUGUUCAGGAUGACGAUGAGGAGAGGUUCUUAGAACAUGCAACUAAACACAAAUAUGGUAGUUACUGGAUUGGAUUGUAUUAUAUUAACAGGACAUGGAGAUGGGUGAUGCCUGACAGUUUGCCUCAAAAAACCUACUGGAUGGAAGACGAACCAUACAGACAUGGGCGUCCUAAAUGUACAAGAUUGCAAAAUAAAUGUAAUACACAAUUGGCAUGUUGGUACACUGUGGAUUGUGUCAAUGAGGGAAGAGGCAUUUGCAAGAGGAAACCUGAGACCAAAUGGAUAAACUAGCUCUUUACUGAACGUUGCACAAAAUUGUACUUGAUGAACCCAGUGAGAAAGAAAUGCCACUCGGUGAACCUGCCUCUGAAAAACAGUUGCCCCAGUCAGCCAGUGUGGAGACAUGGAAGAACUCAGGACUUUGACAUCAGCUUCCAAACACCUUUUCCAUCCUGCCUUUUCGGAGAUCAAAGAUAUGGUCUUAUUUAGCAAAUUCAGGGGCAAGUAAAAAAGAAUGAA